AAUAAAGACUUACUGUUUUGACAGUAAAGUUGAGGGAGUUGGCAAAGAUGUAAAUGGAUAAUGGCCGAUGGAAGAGCAGGAAGCUACAACCUUCGAAGCCGCCGAAAAAUGGUUCCCAAUACCCCUGACCUUCUUACCCAAACCUCCCCAUCUGACCAAUCCUCCAUUUUUCCUCCACACAAAGCUAAACCUAACAAUGCUAUAGAGCUACAAGGCAUUAUUCCACAUCAGAACGGCCACCAUGGCAGGCGGGAGGGGGAUACUUAUCUCGGAUCUGAAGAGGAGGAGACUGUGUUUGAACAGACAAGUUUAACUCAGCCAUUGUUAGCAGAAGAUUCUCCCAGUGAUGGAGAAACAAGCAUAAAAGAAUCUCAAGUGCAGCUAAAAGAGAAAGAUGAGGGCUCGUUCAGCAUUGCCCUACAAGUGUUUAUUCCCUACAUCAUUGCAGGAUUUGGAACUGUCGGUGCUGGUAUGGUCCUUGAUGUUGUUCAGCACACAGAUGUUUUUAUACAAGUUUCUGAGAUCUUCAUUCUUGUCCCCUCUCUCCUGGGGUUGAAAGGAAAUCUUGAAAUGACGUUAGCCUCAAGACUUUCGACUCAGGUGACUGAAUAAGAGAUUACUGUCAUAAAAUACAGAUCAAAUUUGGAAGAGCUUUGUAUUAGGUGAGGGAAUAUGGCUUGUCCAUUCGCACAAUGCCAGGCUAUAGUGGUAGGAUUUUUGGCCUCUGUGGUUGCCAUGAUAAUGGGGUGGAUACCGGAGGGGAAAUUUAACAUCCAUCAUGGCCUCCUGUUGUGUGCCAGCAGUGUUCUUACGGCGGCUGUGGCUAGCUUUGUAUUAGGUGCUCUAAUGGUUUUAGUAAUAUUGGUGUCAAGAAAAUUAAAAAUCAAUCCAGACAAUAUAGCCACCCCUAUCGCUGCUAGUCUAGGGGACUUAACCACACUGUCUCUUCUUGCUGGGGUAUCCAUGCUGCUGUUUAAAGCAAUAGGUACCCAGGUGUGGUUGGCUCCGACCAUUAUCGGCGUAUUUCUGGUGCUAACUCCUUUGUGGGUGUACAUAUCUGUUAAGAACCACUACACAAACGACGUCAUCUACUCUGGGUGGACACCAGUGCUCAGCGCAAUGGUCAUCAGCAGUAUUGGAGGUCUGAUUUUGGAUUAUACAGUAGCUAAUUAUCAUGGUAUUGCUGUAUUCCAACCUGUUAUUAAUGGUGUAGGGGGUAAUCUUGUGGCAGUCCAGGCAAGCCGAAUAACAACUUCUCUGCACAUGACAGGAAGUAAGCCUGGGAAACUCCCCUCUGGUGCCUUGAUAGGGUGUCCGAAUCCUGGGGGAGCAUUCUGUGGGACAACCUUGAAUUCUCGAGCAGCGAGAGUGCUAAUUGCUCUAGUUAUACCGGGGCAUUUGAUAUUCAUGGUCACUAUUUCGUACAUGAAGGCUGGACACACCAGUAUUACCUGGACGUUUGCUCUAUUCUAUCUCACCGCUGCUCUUCUUCAGGUGAUAAUAUUGCUUUACGUUUGUCAUUGGAUGAUCCACUUCAUUUGGAGGCUCGGAGACGACCCUGACAAUGUGGCCAUUCCAUACCUAACUGCCAUCGGAGAUCUCCUUGGCACUGGUUUCCUGGCGAUUGCUUUCCAUCUUCUGUAUCUCGUGGGAGAUAAGGACGCCGAUCUCGGAGAUUAAAUUCACGGAGAUAGAACGCUCAAGUAAAUGGCAAUAAUUUCAUAGAUUGAACUCACAAAGUGAGAAUGCUCAGAUAAAUGGCAAGCUCAAAGAUAAUAAAAGUCCAUGACUUGGUCAGGUGUAAAGUGCUAUUUUCCCAUGAAUGUUGACAGUAAGAUACAAAAUUAAUUUUGUAAUCAGAAGAAAAUCCCUUAAUUAAUCCCUGGUCUUCCUGUUGCCCACAGCAUGCAUUCAAAUGAACCUUGGUUUUAUUUGCAUUUUAUGUCUCUUUAAAAGAAUCAGAAUUAUGAUAAUUGUAGAACAUGUAUUGUGUAAAAUACUCUGAAGAAAGUCUAGUCAAACUACAGUGUGUGUCAAUUCUGUUCUGUGG